CUCCAACCAGACUGAUUUGUAGGGUAAAGAACAGGAUCUCAACCUCUCAAUUUUAACUGACGCGUUCUAGGGUUCGAUUUUUAUGGCGAACAAAAAGAUUAAUUACACUCUCUUUCUUCUAUCUUUUUUACUGUCCAUAGUUAUCUUUGAUUAGGUACAUUUAAUUAUUAUGUACCAUAACCAUAUAUUCAUAGAAUAUUGUUUUGUUAGAAAAAAAAAACUCGAUUCAUGGAAUAUUGUUACAAAAAAAGUAAAUAUGAUUGUUAGUUGGGAUCCUACAGAAUCCUGAAUGAAGCAGGACGCAGCUCUAAGUGCAGAAGAUACAUUUUUGUUUCUAUGUAUGUAUAUGUUCAUCAAUUCCCUUCCUAAUCUAUCAUCAUAUAUUUGCGCGUGCCCCUUUGGAGCGGGAGUCCAUUGAAAGCCUAAAUAAAGUUUGGGCCAGGUCAAUAGAGUUCUAAGCCCGACUUUUCCGCAUCCAAUCUAACUUGGCCCAUUAACAUUGCGGAUCAACCCCGACCCGGCUCAUCUCGGCCUUUCCCCAUUUUCAACCCCCUCCUUCAUUAAUCAUUAUCCCCUGCGCCGCGGGAAAACUCACCACCGCGCCAAGCCAAUUUUCGCGCUAAAGAAACUGAGAAGCGGAGGAUCUGUCGAUUGGGUUGAAGUUAGCUCAAGUCCAGCCGGCGUCCACAAGCUGCUAAAUCCCCUUCCAAUUGCAGCUCGGACAGGUUGGGCAAUUUACCCCGCGCACAGAGACUACAUGCGCUCAAGUGAGUUCUUCUACUUGUCAAAUCUUCAACUUCGUUCAUUUAUUUGAAAUUGCGGCGUGAUUUUCUCUUUAUCGGCAAUCCUUGUAUUGUAUGACUGAAUGAAUGAAUGGGUUUCAAGAAUUUGUGGGAAAUUUGGAAGAUACCUCUGCAAUUUAACAGUUCCUAGCUAGCUAGCUAGCAUGCAAGAGUACCAAGUUAUAGCUUGCUAGCUAGCAAUGACUUGACUCUAAUUGCAAGUAAAACAAAGAGAAGGAAGUGUAGAGGCUGGUUAAAGUGGUGCUACUUGCUUAAUUACUUGGUCGGAAGAAUGCAAAGAGUUUAGGUCUAUGAUCCACUGCGUCUGAUUGUGUUUUUAACUCAAAACUGAGAGAAGAAAGAACACUCGAAUAGCUAAUCCAUAUAAAGAUUCAUCAUCUAAACUAACGAAGCUAAUGUGUAUAGCAGCUGGGAUGAAGGCUUUACUAGAAUAGUAACAAGGGAAUCAUCAUACAUGCGUGUAUGAGCGCACCAACACAACACUGUAUAUUUGAACCGUAAAUUAGCUGGCCACCUAAUGUAAUGCCACACAACUUUCAACUUCUACUUAACAUUUCACAGAGAUGACAGAUGACUGGAAAGUGGAAACGCACCAUUUUAGAGAGAAAAAAGCUAAUAAUGAUCACUUUCAGCCUUAAGAACUCCUUUCUAUAAGAAGCUUACUUAGGCUGCUAGCAGCCUCCACUUCUUCCACACAUAUUCCACUGCAUCUGCAUCAUCAGCAUCAUCAUCAUUAAGUCGAGAAUUUAAGAGUUCUGAAUUGAAUAAGAAGUUACAAGAAACCAGAACUAUUAGAGCCGUAUAUACAGAAGCUCGGUGAUAACGACUGCUGGAUUUCCCUGCAUGCUAAUUAUGUUUUCUUUACUGGUUUAUCUGCAGCCUUUGCUGCGUUUACUUUCCUUGAGUAAUAAAUUUGGCCCACCAUUAUUAAAUAAACUGUUAUAAUGUCUCUAGUCAUUUAGCGUAACUGCUUUUUCCCCUGACCUGCCUAAGGUUUCGCAUCGCUCCAUCUGCUUCAUGAUUUCUUUGUGUGCCAGGCGAGUUGUACACCAGAAAUGGAUUGCUCUUCUACUGGACAAGGCAUUUCACCUGAAACUCUCGCUUACAUGGAGCUUGCACUGGAUCAGGCAAAAGAAGCACUGGAUUCGCUUGAAGUGCCAGUUGGUUGUGUGAUUGUUAAAGAUGGGAGAGUUGUUGCAUCUGGAAGAAAUAGAACAUCAGAGACUAGAAAUGCUACGAGACAUGCAGAGAUGGAAGCAAUCGACUUUCUUCUUGAGAGGUGGCAAAAGAAUGGACUAUCGAAACUGGAAGUCGCAGAGAAGUUUUCAAAAUGCAAUCUUUACGUCACUUGCGAACCUUGUAUUAUGUGUGCUGCAGCUCUCUCGAUCCUUGGUAUGAAGGAAGUAUAUUAUGGAUGUGCCAAUGACAAAUUUGGAGGGUGUGGAUCAGUAUUGUCGUUGCAUUCAGUCAACCCACAAUCACUUACAAGUGGGGAAGUUAGACAAGAAGGAAAAGGUUUCAAAUGUAGCGGGGGAAUAAUGGCAUCAGAAGCAGUCGCUCUUUUCCGGAGUUUCUACGAGCAAGGAAACCCUAAUGCUCCAAAGCCUCACAGGCCGGUUGUUCGACGAGCAACUAGUUAGCUUUGGUCUCCUGGAGCAGCAGCAGCUUUUUUUGGUGGAAAAGACCCCAAUGGUUUCUGGGUUUUGACGAUGACGGUGAAAUUUGGAGGAAGGUGAGUUCGUAUGAUGAUGGUGUUGUCGUUUGUGGUGGCGGUCAAUCUCUUUAAUGGCUUCUGGGUUUUGAUGGCGAUGGUGAAAUUGGGGUAGGGGCGAGUUCGGACGAUGAUGUCGUAUUAAACUUUGUCAAGCAAUGAAUCACAUUUUAAUGGAGAAAAGAAUUUCCAUCUAUACAAAAUUUAGAUGUUGGCACGACGAACAAUGGCUUGGACUAGUGUUAAUAUCACUAGUCUAGAACUUGGAGGUUGUAAGUUCGAAUUUAUUAGAUAGUAUCUUAAAAGAACAAAUUAUGUUGGCCGGAAAAAGUACUUUUAUACUGUAAUUAUGGUAAAAAGUUAUUAUAAGUGCGGUUAGUAAUUAUUACAUUAGAUGAGAUUAAUGGUGUGGAGAACUUUGACAUACAUCUGUAGUAAGUAAAGUCAAGCGGACUAAUAUAUAUUCUAGCUAAUUAUCGUGUUUACAUGAUAUAUCCGAAAUCACGAGAGAAUAUAUUGACAAAUUAACAAGAAGAUAUUAUUAGCUAGAAUACUGAGAAGUUAUCUGGAAAAAAUAGUUUGAAGGGUGUAGGGAACUGGAGUCUAUAGAUGCUGGAUCUUGGACUUGAGCGUGGAUAAUGUUGCCAACAUACUAAAAAAUGCCCCAUUUAUCUUAAUCCUAUCAUGUUUUACAUGUACGUUGACAAUCUUAAAAAUUUAGUAUGAUGUAUAGUUUGCAAACCAAAUUCUACCACCUCUCCUCUAGCAUACUUCAUCAAUCAAAAAUCUUUUUUGUUUUAUAAGGUUGUCAUAUCUACUUAUGUACCUUAGUUUAUCACGUAUAGAUCGGUGUAAUUUAUAAAAAGUUAACCAAGAAUUUGUAAAUAUAAAGUUUACAAACUCAUUAAUACAUAUUGAAUAACGAAUUAUUGUAUCCAUUAUGGUGUAAUAUACACAAACCCACAACCUACAUAUAUGUUCCAAUUUUUAUUUUUCUCAAACUUAUGUUUCAUAAUCAAAUAAAUCGUCUUACUCCUCCAAAAUAGUGAGUCAAGGAGCUGAGGUAAAUUUUUCACUAUUGUGUCAUCUAAUCUACCUCUUUGUCUUUGAUAACAAUCCUAUGGGAUGUUUGUUCCAUAAUAAACUUAGGGAUCUAGU